ACACAACACAAAACAACGCAAACCCCCACCACACAUAUUUUGAAUACUCUUAUGUAUCAUCCAAAAUCUCUCCCAAAACACCCCAAAUCAAAUCCAAAUCCUCUAGCAUGAAAGAUCACUUGAUUUAACAUUAUACUUUCCCUCUUUGACUGUAUAACCCCAUCACUGCUCUCUCUGUCUAGACAUUUUUGUCAUGUCUGGUUUCAAGAAAUCCUCAAUUCCACGCCAGACUUCGUACAGUUCUCUCUACGUCAAUCCCCUCAAUGAGAUCAAACACAACCGGAGUUGCAGCGAAGGAGACCCCAGUGGCACCGGACGUGUCACGCUCGGCGUCCAUUUGGACCGGAUUUGGGUUGGUGACUCCGGCGAUAAGGAAAAUGAUACGACAAAGAGGACCGGAAAAUGGGUCCAUGACAACAAAGAAAAUACAGUACCCAUUAAUGGGUCUGGUGCUGUGGCCAAACAGUUCCCAAAUGGGAAGCCUUACUUAAGGGAUAGAGCUUUGAAGCCCUCUUCACUUCAGCUUUGUAUGCAAUUGAAUGAGGGCGAUUCGACUUGUGGGUCGAAAAUUUGGGACCCCAUUGACUCGGAGAACACAAAUUCUACCAACAUUUGGGACCAUUCGGAUUCAGAGGCCGCUCCGGCUUCAUCUUGGUCUACCCUGCCUAACAGGUCUUUGUUGUGUAGGCCUUUGCCAUUGGACAUAGGGAAGUGUACUUGUGUUAUAGUGAAGGAAGCAUCACCAGAAGGACUAGAUGGGGGCACUUUAUACUCACUUUACACCAAUGAGGGUCAAGGACGACAAGACCGGAAACUUGCUGUUGGUCACCACAAACGGCGUAAUGGAAGAUCUGAGUUCAUUGUGGCUCAAAACACAAAGGGAUUAUUUUGCAACACAGAUGAUAAUUUUAUUGGGAUUGUAACUGCUAACUUCAUGGGUACAAAAUACCAUAUAUGGGAUCAGGGAAACCGCAUCAAUUCUUCAACUAGACAGUCAAAACUACCACUGGCUAUUGUUUCCUUCUUGCCUACCAUAGCGACCUGGUCAGGAAGUUACAGAAGCAUGAGAGCAUGGAUACCUAAGCACCAAUCCAUGCAACUAAAAUGUAGCACUCAGAUACAACAUAUUAGUGGACUACCCAAGGAUUGGGAGGAGAAGAAGGAAAAGGUGCAUCAGCUAUUCUCAAGAGUUCCACAAUACAAUAAUAUAUCGAAACAAUAUGAAUUAGACUUCAGAGACAGGGGACGAGCAGGACUUAGAAUCCAGAGCUCAGUCAAGAAUUUCCAGCUUACUUUGGAGAACGGAAGGCAGACAAUCCUGCAGCUUGGAAGGGUGGGCAAGUCAAAGUAUGUGAUGGAUUACAGAUAUCCAUUGACUGGUUACCAAGCGUUCUGCAUAUGUUUGGCUUCUAUUGAUUCAAAGCUUUGCUGCACAAUGUGAUUACAAUCCACUUUCCUCUUUGUUGUUCAAUCUCCGAACACAAAGUAUUCAAUAUCUCUUGGUUCCAUUUUUGUUCUUGUACCGCAAUUUUGAGUCACAAGACAAGACUUCGAGGAAAGGGGGGAGAGGAGAAGAGUCACCAUUUUGUGGAAAGUUGUGAAGCCACCAAACAUGUUGAAGGGGAUUUUGUAUAUUCCUUUCAUUAAGCUCAGAAAGACAAGAUGGGAAAAUAUGAACAAUUUAUUGGUGUACUUUUCAAAUUGAAAAAGAAAAAGAAAAUUAAUUUGACUUUCUUCUCGAUA